GUCCUUUCCACUUUGGGAAGCUGCCAUGGUGGGCUUUUCUUUCCUUAGAGGGGGUUUGCCAUUGCCUGCUUCUCCUGAGGCUGAGAGAGUGUGGCUAUCAAUUGUGAACCCAGGUGGUGAUUGGAAAUCCGGAGAGACUAAGUACUGAAUCAUGGGUAUCUUUCUAGCAGCUUAAAUUGUAGAAGGUCUGAAUAAAAUGUCUGUCUGAAUUGGGGCUGAGGUUUCCUUGGGACAUUUAGAUCAGGUGCAGAUGUUAAUUGUAGCUGGAUAGAGAUAAAAGCCUUUGUGCACAUGAUCCUCAUGGGAUAACUCCAACUAAAUAGAGCCGGUCCUCCAUAUCCACAGAUUUAACUAUCUGUGAUCUGGAAAUGCUGAAAACAAAUAUGAAUUCCCAAACGCAGGCCUUGAUUUUGCCAUUUCACAUAAAGGAAACCAUUCUGCUACACAAUUGUGUUUAAUAGGACUUGAGCACCCACAGAUGUCGGUAUCCGUGGGGCGUCUUAGAACCAGACCCCAGCAGAUAACAAGGGCCCACUGUAUUGGCAUAUUUCUAUUUCUAUACAAAUACAGUGUUGUUGGUGGAACCAGUGUGUUGUUGUGCUUUAAAAGUGUUGGAUUAGGACUCCAGGAAGCAAAGGUUCAAAUGCCUGCUCAUCUGUGGAAACCCACUGGGUGACUUUGGGAGACUAUGUGGUCACCAUUGAGGAGAAGAACCAGACCCUCUUCUUGCGGGUUUAUGUGAACUGGAGAUGCAUGUCAGCUGGCAGCUCACGCGUGUGUGUGCGAAUUGUGGGACACAAUCUAGAGGAACCCUAUCCCGAAGCAGCUAAAGAUCAAAUGUCAAUUAUAGAAAUUCCUCUUUCGGAUCCUCCUUUGUGCUUUUCCUCUUGUCCUUUAACUGGAGACCUGCUUGUUGCCUGCAAGCAUAAACUGAUCUUGUUCUGCUUGAAGCGUCUAGCUGUGAGUCAGGACGUGACUGUGUUGGACUUUGAACGCACCUUAGUUUUGCAUGUGCAAAAUUUGAUACCUUCAGAGGUUGCAUUUUGUGCCGGGUAUGUAGCCAUAACAACAGAACUAGAAGUCCUUGUCUUUAAACUGGAAACUGCUGAAAAGGUUGCUGGUAAUAGGAGACGGCACAUCUAUGAAUCUCUAGAACCUCCUAAUGUUCAUGAAGGUUUAAAAGAAGAUUUUUAUUCAGUUCCAUUGGAGUCAGAUGAUUUUGUUAUCUGUCAGCAGCCAGUGGAGCUGCUUGAGGAAGAAAGUAGGCGGUGUGGGAUAUCUGUGACACUGGAGUCAACCGGCUUAUUUGGUGAAGAAUCCAAUUACCAAAUACAAUAUGUCCUCUAUAGGCGUUUUGCUCCAGAUAUGUCCUCAUUUGUCUUCUCUGCUGAUGAUGCCAAACUGCACUCUCUUCAGCUGCUACCUAUGUAUGAAACAGAGAAUUCUGUGACAUCUGACAGAGGCGAUCCAACUAAGCAAGAACUUCUGAGUCUGUUCUGUUUUUUCUCUCUGCCUCACAUUGGCUACCUUUACACCAUUGCUAACUUGGUGGAGCUGAUUUCUACCUACCAAUAUUCAGAGAGAUCCCAGCAGGCUGUUCUAACACCACGAUUCCUGCAUGUUAUCACAAGCAACAGCCUGCAGUGCUUUACAGUGAGAUGCAGUGCAGCAGCAGCACGUGACAAAGAUCCCUAUAUUGACACAACACUGAAGGCUUGUCCACCUAUAUCAUUGAAUGUCUGUACCUUGAGAAUGCAACUUUUUAUAGGGCUGAAAGCCAUCUCUCACUUCAAGAAUCACAUCAUAAUUUUGACAAAAGCAGAUACUGAAGACAUCACGGAAAGGAAAAAAACUUCAAGGAGACUCCUCUCCAGAAAAAGUGACAGCAUCAGAUCCAAGGUUUCUACAGAAUCUGAGCCAGGAUGGAAUUUAUAUAUCGUGCAUACAACUUCAACUCUACAACUUUAUAGAGAAAUGGUAGAGUAUAGCAAGACAUAUGAAAAUGUCAAAACAGAGAGCUGUAUCCACCUUCUGAGUGAGGCUCAUUUGUUAAUCAGAACAGCUCUAAUGGACCCUGAUCUGAAGGCAUCAGAAGAGAAGGAAGAACUCCUAGAAGCAUUUCAAGAAAGUUGUGCUCUCCUAGGAGACUGCUACAGCAGGUUUGACACCAAAGACUUCCACCUUGCACUGCCUUACUAUAAGAUGUCUGGUCUAUCCAUAACUGAAGUUCUGAAGAGAGUAGAUUCAACUCUUGAUGAUAAAACACAAAAACAUGAGAAGGGAUUUAUAUUUUAUUUACAUCAUUCCCUUUACGAAGACUUGGAGGAAGAACUAAGUGAAGAGCUGGCAGCAAAAGUGCUCCAAAUAUUCUACCUUGCUGAGCCAAGCCAGAUGCCCCAUGUCAUCUGCAGUCCUUGCCUGAAACAUGUGUGCCCCAGAAUUGCAAUGGAAUAUCUAGAGAAGGUGGAAGCAAUUGUGCCCUCUAUUGUGGUAACCCUAACCAAGGCUUCUAUGGCUCUGAAAAUUGGAGAUCAGGAGAGAUGUAAAAAUGAACUGGACAAAUAUGCUGAGAUGAUGCUGGUUUGUGGCUUUAUUGUGGAGCCAAGACUCCUAAGACAGCAAAUUAAAGGGCAAAUCAUCCCAACAGAACUUGCUAUUUACCUCAGGGAGACAAGAUCUGGAUUCUUUGUGGCUUCAUUAUUGGCUUUACACGAGAACAAUAAAAUUGAACUUGAAGAAGCAGACUUAUAUAUCAAGAUGCUGUGUGCCCAGGAAGAAGAUACUGUUGCCCAGCUCUUAGUGGACUUCUGGGAAGCUCUUCUUGUAACAUGUGCCCAGGAGAACGUUGUCAAGGAGCUGCAAUUUAAACUUGCUACACAGUAUAUUUGGAGGCUGUCCAGGAAGCAGCUGCCUGAUACUAAGCCGCUUAAAACUGCUGAAGAUCUGAUAAAUUCCUGUGGUCAUUAUGGACUUAUUUUUCCUUGGGUUAUAUUUAUGAUGUCAUUGACACCUCCUGAUAAUCAGAAUUCUUCCGAAGACCUUUCAAAACUACAGUCUCUCUUAUGUGGUCCAUCCUUCAAUAUAGCUUCCAUUCUGCCAUUCUUGGAAACUCUUCCAGAAGAUACUAUUUCUGGUCUAAGCAUUCAUGUUCUUUGCAGUACACAGCUAGGGCAGUAUGACAAAUCUAUUGACAAACUUUUGGAGAGAUGCCCUGAAGCAAUCAUACCUUAUGCCCAGCAUGAAUUGAAAGAUGAGCAUCAGGCCUUAUGGUGGAACAAACUCCUUCCUGAGCUUUGUAAAAGGACCAGAUGUAAUGGAGAAUAUUAUCCUGUAUUCCUGUCAUCCCUACAAGGUAAAGAAAUGUGCUUUUAUAUCAAUGUCUGUGGAUGUGGAAGCUUUACAAUGCAUUUAAGAGCCUUUAUAGAUGGUCGCUCUAGAGGGCUGGCAUGUUUCUUAACAAGGGUGAGCAACCUGUCUUCCAUCUAGGGCUAUAUUCUCUUGAUCAGCUAUGAGAACACCCCACCCCCACCCCGUUCAGGAACUGCACAAACACCCUGCUGGUUCUGGGAGGGCUACAUUUCCCCCAGGCUGCACCUCAUCCGUUUUGUUUUGUUUUGUUUUGUUUUGUUUUGUUUUAGCUGAAAAGGUCCACAUAUGCAUAAACACAUAAUUUAGAGUGAUAGGCAAUUACAUUUUUUGUCACAGUGUGGCAAUGCACUAGUCUAUUUUGGACCCCAGCUAAACUUUUUUCCCAAACAAGAAGUGACCAGAGUUAAAAUCUUCUAGAACAUGGCCACGUAGCCUGAAAAACCCACAAAAAACUAUGACCAGAGUUCAUUUUCCUUCACCUUAAAGCAGGUUGGAAGGAUGUACUAUUAUUGAAAAUUACUAUUUUUUAUUUCAAUAUGUAUUAAUUUGAUAUGCUCAUUUAACUGAUAACAUGUUUAAUCUGUUGUUCUCCACCUUGAUCCACAGAAAGAGGUGGGUAAGAAAUCAAUAUUACCAUUUUUAUUGUUGUCUGUGGCCCGGUACAGAUGGGCCGAAAAGGAUGCCUUCAUCACGUGUGAGGGGCGGCGCUUCUAGACACCCCUCGCUUGUGACGAGGGUGUCCUCACUACACAGCGCCGAAUAGAUGGCACGCGUAGUGAUGACGUCACUGCUGCGCAGCCUUCAGAUGGAGCCGCGCAGCAGCAAUAUGCUUAUGCUCCUGCCAGCUGUUUGUGGCGGUGUAAAAAGGAGCCGCUUUUUAGCAGUCCUUUUUUCGCGCAACCACACUGCUCAAUUUAGCUUCUGCGGCAUGGCUACGCGAAAAAGAGAGGCAGCUGCCAGCCACCUCUUUCUGGUGUUCUGUACCCCGCCAUAAUUAAGCAAAUAACUUCCUUGUGGUCUAUAAAUGUGUGGGGGAUUUUUUCAGUUUGUUUUUAAAAAGGGAGUUUUGCUAGACUCUGAUGAGGCACGUGCUGUGUGCAGCCUUCACUUUGCUCAUCUCUUCUCCUGGAAGUGAUCUGUAGUUGAACCAAAGUGUGACUGAGGCCAGAAUGAAAAGGAGGCAUGGCCAUCUCUACUCUUCCUGAUACUCCGUCUCUUUUUGCCACACCUGCCCAUUUUGCUACCAGCUCAGAUGGAAGAGGACAGACUACUCCUGCCACAGGUCUAAACUGCUAACUAGCAAAAAGCUUUAGAAAUUAGACCAAGGGCCACAGGUUGGCCACUGCUGUUUUUAAAAAAUCUAUUGAAAAGCUGCAAUUUGUUCUUGUGUAGAGCACAUGUUUUGUUACACAGUGAACAGAAGAGCUGAACUGGAUGAAAUUAAUGGCUCUCUGUUUCCACAGUGAAUACAGAAUAUAAAUAAUCUGUUUGCACAUUGGCCAAAUAGAUGCCCAUGGGAAAUCCACAAAGUUUACAGGAAUCUUCUCCUACUGUUGUUCCCCAGGAAUUAGUAUUCAAAGGUGUUCUAGCUUCAGUACUGGAUGUAAUACAGGUUGAGUCUCUCUUAGCCAGAAUUCCAAAAUCCAAAAUAUUCCAAAAACAAAAACUUUUUUCAUGGGUGGCUGAGAUACUGGCACCUUUGCUUUCUGAUGGUUCAGUGUACACAAACUUUGAUUUAGACACAAAAUUAUUUUAAAAUAUUGUAUAAAAUUACCAUCAGGCAAUGGGUGUAAGGUUUAUCUUUUCAGUAUAAGGUAUACAUGACACCUAAAGGGAUUUUGUGUUUAGAUUAGGGUCCCUUCUCCAAGAUAUUUCAAAUGCAAAUACAAAAUCCCCUCCCCCAAAAACCCACAAUCUCAAACAUUUCUAGUUCCAAGCAUUUCAAAUAAGGGAGACUCAACCUGUACAUAGCUAUUAAGGUAAGCUAUUAAGGCUGCCCCCACACACUCCUUCAUAAAAUCCCAACAUUUUGAAGGGCUACAAUUAAUGAGACAUGGUGUACAUGCCUCCUAAUGUACAUAACACACUACAUACUUGAUGUAAUAAAGGUAAUGUUAUAUUUUUAAACACUGUAUUUCUAUCUUGCUUAUCCAGAAACACUAUCAGUUAUUGCCAUGGCAUUGGAAUUAAAGGACUUCCUUAAUGUUGUACCAGAGGAUGGAAAUGCUGCUUUUUUCCUGCCACACCUGCUUCAGUGCAGCAGAAGGAAACAGCUGACCUAAGUGAAACUAGAAGUAGGACAAAUACUUCAGCAAACCUUUUGAGAGGGACCAAGCAGACAGAACUUCACAGUGCAGCUAAGAAUCUCAAAACUGUAGAUUUUUGUUCUUUGAGCAUAUCUGAUGCAUAUGGGAAGAUAAUGGUUUGUUUGAAAAUUUACCCAGUUCAUGUGUGGCCUAAAAUCCAUGUUGAGAAUACUUCUAAACCUUAAGAAAUGAGAUACAGAUUAAUAAUGUCCAUUGAUAGUGAUGCUAAAACUCUGGCAUUGCAUGUGUGCUAGCCAGAAACCUUGGACCAUCCUGGUAAACAUUGUAAAUCUAGUAUAUGGAUAUCACUCAGAUUUUUCUUUUUCCAAGCAUCAGUUUCACCUAGGAAUAACUCUCCGUAUUACACAUCAGGGUUAGCAUCCACAACUGGAUUUUUCUUCCUUUGGUACUCACGAACAUAAAUGAGAACAAUUCUUUGUAUAAUGUUGAUUCAACUUUACAGAGCAGGAACAUGGAGUUUACAGAGUAUUGGCUCAAUUGUGGCCUGUCCAUGCUUCUGUAACUGGACAGAAACAAGGUAUUAGGUCUGUUUUGUUAGCUGGGCCUACUUGGU